UUAAAGAAAUAUUUUCAGCUUAUACGAAUGACAAAAGCUUAUCAGGAUAUUGAUAAUAUCGAUGAAGCGACGCAAAAAUGUGCAAAUGAUUUGCUCAAACUUUUGAUGUCGCGUGUGGUACAAAAUGUACAAAAAUUGGGUUCGCGAGCAUUAAAUACCGUGGAAAUAGCGCGUCAGUGUAAACGAUUGAUGGUCACUUACAAUAUUGGACAACGACUCUUCGCGAAAUACGUCAUGAAUCAGGUAGUCAAGUCUCAAGGAUCGCUAAGUGAACUUUUAUCGAAGCCUCGUCAUUGGAAUAAAUUAACUGAUAAAGGUCGCGAAGCGUUUCGCCGAAUGUAUGGUUGGAUAUCUGAUGAGAAAGCCAUUGAUUUGUUAUGUUCAAUUUCACCUCGAAGGGUUCAUCCUGCGGGUGAUGUAAAAAUUGAAGCUCCUCUUGCUGAAUCGUUGUGGGAGACUGGCGCUUCAGUGGCUCCAUAUAUGCAAUAUCCAGAUUCUGGUUCUGAAUAUGAUGAAAACACAUCCAAGAAAAAUCAAAAAAUCGUCGAGUCAAAUUCUGCAUCUCCUGGUUGCACACAAACGAGGUCUAGUAGUCGAUGGAGGCAUGACGACAUUCCAAAAGAAAAGAUUAUUACUAUUUUUCAAAAUGAAUUAGCGAAAUUACGUGAACAGGUGUGUUAUGUUGCUGCAUUAAAUUCAUCAUCACAUUCUUCUUCUUUAAUAUCGCAGAAUUUCACAACAAAUCAAACACAUUUGCUUUUUGCUUUAAAAUAUCGCUCUGGUAUGUCAGCUAUAACUCAAGAACAACUCGAGCAAUAUGCUGUUCUUGACACUGAAGAAAUUGUUUGUCAGAUUAAGGAUUAUUUAUCCACUCAUUCGAUUUCUCAAAGAUUAUUUGGAGAACAUGUUCUUGGCUUAUCGCAAGGAUCCGUAUCUGAUCUUUUGGCUAGACCGAAACCAUGGUCUAUGUUAACUCAAAAAGGCCGAGAACCUUUUAUUAGGAUGCGAUUGUUUUUAAAUGAAGCAGCUGUGAUCACUGAUGGUUCAGUUAAUCAAGGAGAUACAAGUAUGCGAAAAUUUUUUGAGUUUUUCCAUCGAAUAUUUUUUUUUGAUUCGGUUUGUCUUCUAAAUCACCCUUUUUUUUCUAAUAAAGUGAUUUUUUCAAGCAACCUCACUUUUGGUGAAACUAUCCUGAAAAUGAACGUAACUGAAACGUCUAAUCUAUUUUCUAAAUGCGAUUCGUGGAAUCAUCUUUCAUCUCAUGAUAAAGAAUCAUUUACAUUAAUGAAUUCAUGGCUGCAUAAUUCGAAUGGUAUUGAAGAAAUCCUUAAAAAUCUACCAAUCAAAAGUGAAUCGGUCCAAAAAAAUUCGUCAACAGCCUCAAAAACUACAUCAAAUAAGCGUAAAAUAUGUAGGACUGUAAUUACGGAUCAGCAAAAAGAGGCUCUUAAAUUUGUUUUUGAACAUGAUCAGCACCCAUCACAAAGAACUAUUGAACAACUCUCUAAAAAGUUAUCUUUAAAUAUUCGAACAGUUAGUAAUUGGUUCCACAACUACAGAACGCGUCAAAAGGAUCUCACUGAAUUGCUGGAAAUGGCUUCUAAACCACUUCCAACAAAUGAUUGGCCAACGAUGGUUCGGACACAAAUUUCAUGCAAAUCAUUAAGAAAUGAUUCGUCUAAGAAUUGUAGUGAUAGUCAAUUGGAUAAGGCGAUUGCACGAUUGCAAUUACUCGCAGCUGCUAAACAAUCCUAG